AAAUAAUUAGCAUCUAUAGUUGUAUACUAAUGAUUGCUACUGAAAUUUUAUCUGAUAAGCCAGAAGACUAAUAUUAGAGACUAGAGAAAGCUAUGAUUGAAUUGUUCAAAUAUGAUAAUUUGCUAAAUAACGAGUACUUGGUCAGAAAAUUCGAGACUGAUAUAAUGAAACCAGAGUGGUAUUUGCUACAAUAUGUCGUGGUGUAGAGAGAAAAUUCGAUAAAAAGCUAAUAUGUCUAAAACGAAUUAAACACUCGUAAAAAAUAUCAUUUGAUCUUAACUGAUAUUCUGAACAAAUACAACAAAUAAUUAUGGAAUUUUGAUCAUCAAAUGUUAAUCAUACGUCCUUAUUUCCCAACAGAGAGAAAGAGAAUAUAAAUUAAAAUACCAGCUAUUUCAGUGUCAAUAAUUAAGGACACAUUGUAAAAGUCUGGCUUUGUAAAAGAGGAAUUAGUGUAUGAGGAAGAAAUUUAUUAAGCUGACAAAACAUAUGUUAAGCUAAUAUUAACAUCUUAAACAGAAGGUUAUGCAGUUGAGAUAUUUGAUUUUCUAAUGUCUAAGAAGGUAGAACUUCAAAUUGAUUCUGUAAUUAUGUAAAAUGUUGAUUAUUUGGAUGAAUUUCAUAAAUAAAUAAAUUCAAAAAAAUGUCAAAUGAUGACUAAGAAAAUAGAAUAAUAAGAAUAUGAUCCACAAGAAUAUAAACGAAAUGAUUAACAUGAUGAAUAAGAAAAAGAUCAUCAUUACUAAAAGUCUAGAGCUAGAGGUAAUAGAGGAAGAGGAAAUUAUGGAUAUUAUAGAAAUGACAAAGAUGAUGAUAGACAUGAAGAGAAGUAUCAGAAUAAGGAUAAGGGAGAUAGACAAGAUAGAGGAGAUAGAUAGGAUAGAGGAGAUAGAUAAGAUAGAGGUGAUAGAAAUGAAAGACAUGAUAGAAAUGAUAGAGGAGGAAGAACUCAUGAUAGAAGAGGAGGAUAAAGAGAUCGAGGAAAUAAUUAAUAUGUGUAAAAAAGUGAUGUUCAACAUUAACAAUAAUAACAAUCACAGUAACAAUAACAAUAUCAAUUGAUUCCUAAAGCAGUAUUAUAAAAGACUCCAAAAUAAAACAUCAAGCCAAACACAUUGAAUGCUCAUGAUUUCCCUGCCCUAGAUUCUGAAUAAAAGAGUUGAGUUAUACGAGUAAUAGCUCUAUAGAAUUAUUUAAGUAUUAAACUUC